AUGACGCCCUUCCUCUGGAUGCUGGUCCUGGGCUUCAUCAUCGCCUUCAUCCUGGCCUUCUCAGUGGGCGCCAACGAUGUGGCCAACUCCUUUGGCACGGCGGUGGGCUCGGGGGUGGUGACCCUGCGGCAAGCCUGCAUCCUGGCCAGCAUCUUCGAGACUGUGGGCUCUGUCCUGCUGGGAGCCAAAGUCAGUGAGACCAUCCGGAAGGGGCUGAUCGAUGUGGAGAUGUACAACUCCAAGCAGCAGCUGCUGAUGGCGGGGUCCAUCAGCGCCAUGUUCGGCUCUGCUGUGUGGCAGCUCGUGGCUUCGUUCUUGAAGCUCCCCAUUUCUGGUACCCACUGCAUCGUCGGAGCGACCAUCGGCUUUUCGCUGGUGGCCAAGGGGCAAGAAGGAGUCAAGUGGUCUGAGCUGCUAAAGAUUGUGUUGUCCUGGUUCAUCUCGCCCCUCCUUUCGGGCAUAAUGUCUGCGAUCCUGUUCUUCCUUGUCCGCAGGUUCAUCCUCUGUAAGGCAGACCCCGUUCCCAACGGCCUGCGCGCUCUGCCCGUCUUCUACGCCUGCACCGUGGGCAUCAACCUGUUCUCCAUCAUGUACACCGGUGCCCCCCGCCUGAGAUCUCCUAGAAGGCGGCUGGCCUGGGCCGAUUUCGGAAGGCUGCAGGCUAGCGUGCGCUGA